UUACAAAUAUAAAGCACAAAAUAAUAGCAUAAGUAUUCACCCCCUUCUUUUAGUAGAUGCACCUUUGGCAGCCUUCACUCUAUGUGCACUAGUCUCUAUCAGCUUUCCGCUUCUGCAAGAGUAUGUUUUCCUUGUUCUUAUUUGUGAAACUGCUCAAACUCUGUCAGGCUGCAGGGGGAUCACGAGUGAACAGGCUUUUUCUAGUACAGUCACAAAUUCUCUACUGGAUUGAGAUCUGGAAUCAGCCACUCCAGGACACUGAUGUUGUUUUUAAGCUAUUCCUGUGUUGCCUGGUCUUUAUGCUUGGGGUUGUUGACUUUCUGGAAAAUAAAUCUUCUAAGGUUCAGGUUUCUUGUAGCCUGCAUUAGGUCUUCCUCCAGGAUUUCCAUGUAUUAAGCUGUAUUUAUUUUAGCCUUUACCCAUACACGCCUUCUGUAGAAAGGCAUCCCCACAGUGUUAUUCUGCCACCCUCAGUACGUCGCAGUGGAAAUGGUGCGUUUUUCAUAAUCUAUAGUCUACACUAAAUUAAUCUGAAAACUCAGUUUUAGUCUGGCCAUAGAACCUACUUACAGCUAACUUGCCUGUCAUGUGCCUUUUGACCAAUCUAAACCACUGUAGCUUGUAACUCCUUGAGAGUUUUCAUAGGUCUCUUGGUGACCUCCUGGCACUAGCCGUCUGUUGAACUUAAUGUCUCAUUUCCAUGAAUACAUGAACAAAGCUGAUCGCAUGGCAGGAUGAGUUUUUCAAGUUCAAGAAAAAACUCAAAGAAUAAUCCAGUUUUGCCUGGUUCUUGGCACUAGGUGGAAAGCUGAUGCUCUGGAUGUAGAAGUGAUUGUGCUUUGUGGUGGAAUGAGACCACUUGAUUAAUGCCCCCAAGACCCCAAACUAAAACAAGAGGAUUCAGGAAAUAAAAUCAGUGAAUGAAAAUGUAAUAAAAGAUAUAUACAGCUGAGGUCAGAAGUUUACGUACACUUCGGGUGAAUUCUUUAAAACUGAAUAACUCCACAGAUUUUAUAGCAACAAACUACAUGUAUGGCAGUUUGUUUAAGACAUAUCAGCUUUGUGCAGGGCAAAAGUAAUUUUUUCCAACACUGUUCACCGACAUAAUAUUUCAGUCUUUAUUGACUAAUGUAAUGAUUUCAGGGUUUCGUUGUGUGUUUCUGACAGUGUAUGCAUCCCUUUUUUGUUCACUGUGGGAAUAAUCCUACAGUAAUUUAAUACAGUUCAGAGUUUAAAUGCGAAAUAAGAAUCUGCCAAAUAGCGUACGAAAUUGAAUCACUAUUUUGUAAUUAGAAACUGCAGGUCUUGAGUUUGAACUUUUUAAUCUAUCGCCAUCCGCACUAACUGAAAAAUAAAUGUUGGGAAAUAUUUUGAUAUGCUGAAAACUUGUUUUUGUUCUUCCAUCUAUGUGGUGUUUCGAAUGUUUUUUUUAUUUUAUUUUAUUUUCCCUUCCAUCUAUGUGGUGUUUCGAAUGUUUUUUUUUUUCCACAAUUUACCUGGUUAAACAUUACAUCGUCUAAUAGAAUUAAUCACCGGGCAGUGAAUCGAAGCGGCAGACUUUCACACAUCAUUUUCCAGUAAUGUCUAAUGCUCCGGUAUUUGCGCCGAUCGCGCCUUCAGGCAGCUGCAGCGGAACAACGCGCUCAUUCGUUACUUGUCAACCUCGAGUCUCAAGACUGUGCGAGUUUCUCGAAAGUAGGAGAAGGGAGGGGUGGCGGAGGAGGAGAGCGGGGCUGGAGUGUUUGCCAGCCUGCCUGCCGACGACUGGACCGUCAGGUGCAGGCAGUCCUUAAAAAGCGGGUGCUGCCUUCACACAGGCACGCAUUUGUCAACAGAGCGAAUCUUGCACGGAGCGCGCCGCCGCUCUUUCCCGCCCGGUCACGAUGCUGAACUGUAUCCAGCUGACACUCUUCAUUUGCACGGUGCUUUCACCUUACUGCGACUCGGAGAAACUUUUCCACAGCCGGGACCAUUCGGAUAUCGAGCUCCCAACGAGUCAUCGUGCGGAGCUUAUUGUGGACGAAGUCACUGCAAAGCAAUUCUUAGAAAAGUAUGGAUUCACAACUCCAGUUAUGUGGGAUGAGAAGCACUAUGAACAAGAAGAAAGCUUUAUCGAUGCUAAACGAGCACCCAAGGACAUCCUGUCUUUAAUUCAAGAAGGGACUUUUGCAUCCCGCAGCAGUGGUGAAAGUGAUGAUGAAAAUCCUCUACAGAAACCACAAUACAUGAAAGCCCUCAAGGAAUUUCAGAAGGCAUACAAUCUUCCGAUCACAGGAGUGCUGGAUGAUGCGACCAAGGCGGUCAUGAAUAAACCAAGGUGUGGUGUGCCAGACAAGAAGGCUGACCUAAACAACACUGUUGUCAACACAACAGCCAGCACAACUAAUGAGACAUUGGAUAAUCGCACGGCCCAAGUUGACAGGCAAGCGAAUUAUUCUGCUGGCACAAGGCAAAAACGUUCCCUUGAAAUGCUACUGUUUCGAGGAAGGAAGAAACGAUCAGAAGGAGAUACACCAAGCAUGCCAGGGCAGAUGGCUUUUUCUAAGACAGUGUUGAAGUGGAGGCUCAUAGGUGAGGGUUACAGCAGUCAGCUCUCAAUAGAUGACCAGAGGUAUGUCUUCAGACUGGCUUUUAGGAUGUGGAGUGAAGUGUCUCCUUUGUUAUUUGAAGAGGACAAUACCUCGCCCCUGUCCAUGAUUGACAUCCGGCUUGGCUUUGGCACAGGUCGCCAUUUAGGCUGUGCACAGACUUUUGAUGGGGCUGGACGAGAGUUUGCUCAUGCCUGGCAGCUGGGAGAUAUUCACUUUGAUGACGAUGAGCAUUUCACUGCUCCGAGCAAUGACAAUGGCAUUAGUUUGCUUAAGGUGGCAGUUCAUGAGAUUGGCCAUGUGCUAGGAUUGCCACAUAUUUAUCGCACGGGGUCCAUCAUGCAGCCCAGCUACAUUCCCCAAAAUUCUGGCUUUGAAAUUGACUGGCUUGACAGAAAGUCUGUACAAGAACUUUACGGCAAGUGCACUGGCCCUUUCAACGCUGUGUUUGACUGGGUGCGCAAGGAAAGAACAGUUUACGGUGAAGUAGUUGUCCGGUUCAACACGUACUUCUUUCGGAAAAACUGGUAUUGGCUUUAUGAGAACCGCAACAACCGCACACGUUAUGGAGACCCCAUUGCAAUCCAGGUGGGAUGGCAUGGAAUACCUUCAGAUGGCAUUGAUGCUUUUGUUCACGUUUGGACCUGGAGGAUUGAUGCAACAUUUUUCUUUAAGGGCACUCAGUACUGGAGAUAUGACAGUGACAGUGACCAAGCAUAUGCAGAAGACUCUGAAGGCAACAAAUACCCACGGCUAAUUUCUGAGGGAUUCCCAGGUAUCCCUAGCCCCAUCAAUACAGCCUUCUAUGAUAGAAGAGAUUACAGGAUUUACUUUUUUAAAGACUCUCUUGUCUAUGCCUUUGAUGUUAAUAGAAAUCAGAAAGUGAAUGGAUUUCCACAGCUGAUUACAGAUGCUUUCCCAGCUGUUAUUCCUAACGAACAUCCCAUCAGCAACCUUGAUGCUGCAUACUUUUCAUAUUCUUACAAUUCCAUCUUCUUCUUCAAGGGCACCUACUUCUGGAAAGUAGUUAAUGACCGAGACAAGCAGCUCAACUCAUCCUUGGCAUACAACAGCCUGCUUCCCCGGCAGAACAUUGCAGACCAGUGGUUUGAUAUUUGCAACGUACACUCCUCAGUAUUAAGAAUGAAAUAGAACUGCGGAAAUCUGGGAAGUCAGGUCAUUUACAUACAGGGUUAGUCCCAAGACUGGGCAGCAGCUUGAAUGGAGUUGGGAGAAAAAGAAAAAAAAAGAAGAAUACCCCUCACAUGCCAACCUGGUGUUUAAAUGUGUAACGGUUAAGAAAACCUGAAAUAUGAUUGGCCCAAUGAUUUAUUCAAAAUGAUUUAGUUCAGCGGGUCACCUUAUGAAGCAACCAUCAAAUAUUUUUAUUUUUCCUUCCAGCAUCCCAUGACUCUUCAGACAGUGGCUAGUUGGCUAGAUAUCUAAUUGUUUCAAAGGGUGGUCAUAACAAAAUGUCAAAUACAUUACCAAGAUGUCACAGACUGUGCUUUCAUCAGUUAGAAUUAUGUCAAACAGACAUGAAGUGGUCAAAAACUGACAGAGCAAAAGGGGAAAGGAGCAAGACAUCAAUCACAAUGAUCUCCAUAAAAAGGACCCCCACCUAAAAGAUGAAGCAGUCCUGAUCACUUGGUAGAAUAUGUCUGAAAAGCUUAGGAUGAGACUUGUGUUACAGAAACACUGACUGUGUGGUUUGGAAAGUCUGAAGUAUUUAAAGGAAACUGUAGUGGGCUCAAUUUCUGCACAGUGAACAAAACACGUGGCUCUCAUCCCGCAAGCGUGGUACUCUGGUUUUGAGAGGCCGUACAGACGCACCUUUCUGCAUUAUAUAAAGCCAUCCAUUACAAAAUAUUGCACUGGUAAGAUAUACUACUUUUAAAUCUUUUAAGUGUGAAGAGAUAUAUAUUUUUGUAGAUAUUGUGUAAUGUAUUUAUAGGUAAUGAAGCCACACAAAUCCAUUUUAAGGAGGCUGUUUAUAUAAAAAAAAAUUGUAAUUUAAAUGUUAUAAUUUGAGGUAUCUUUGAACUGCAGGUACACAAAUGUAGUCGACUGUAAAUGCUUAUUGUGCUUAUUGUAUUUCUUAGCAAUGCAGAAUGAGGAGAAUUAAAAGAUCAUCAUCAGAAAUGUUUGAUGGCAUAAUAAACUUGUGACCUGAUAAAAUAGCAGUCUACAUCUUUUGUACACCACAAAGCUAAUCUGAUUUUAUAGGAUUCCUGGAUAAUCUAUAAAUAAUGUUUGUAAAAGCUCCAUCAUAUCAGCUAAUUCAUCUGAAAACUGAAAUGGAGUAACAUUAGUAUAAGGAGUGUAAAGAGUAAGGAGCACUGAUCAAUUACU